AUGACAAUUUCUAUCACAUCCAACGCCGACCUUCCGAAAUGUUUGGAUACAGAAUCAAAACAAGUCAAAAAGGCAAUGCAGUUGGCUCACUCUCACUCUGGCAUUCCUGCGAAGACAGCUCAAGGCCCGCCAAUCCAAGGAUUUUUUAGCAGAACUAUGAUAGUAACCUUGCAAAAUGGUGAAGAGGUCGUCAUCCAAUUUCGUCCUGAACCAUUAGAUAUGGAGCCUUUCAAGCUCGCUAGAGAGGCAUUCGGGUCAUUCGUUCCCGACAUUGAGCUCCUCGAGGAUAAAGAGCUAGAGUCCGAUAACAUCUGGGUCUAUUGGAUGACGCGCAUUCCCGGCAAACCGUGGUUUGAAGCCAGAAAUAGGAAAGGCCCAAAGGCGCUCGUCACUAUCAACAAGUCAUUAGGCAGAAUCCUCUCGAAAGGACAUAUCAAGGGCAGCAGUGAUGAAGUUGUCGACAACAAGCUCCGCCCCCGUCUAGAAUUGCUUCUAUCCUCCGACGAUGGACAAAUUCUCCCAUUCAAAGAUAUGAUCACAGAUUUACUUGGAAAGUUGGAUCAGUUGAAGACACUUCCGCUAUUCAUGUCACACUUUGACUUGAAUGAGUUGAAUGUCAUGCUGGACGAGAAUUGUGAGGUAUCGGGCAUGGUUGACUGGGAGUUCUCGAAGCCCCUCCCUUUCGGAAUGGGCUUUGACCGAAUUCAUACCCUUGCUGGAGAGUUUUCUGAGAAGAAGUUCCACAUGCCGGAUGAGUUCCAUGAGUCGGAGAGGGGAUUUUGGCAGGAGGUAUUUGAUGGCGUCCCGGUAGAUUUGCGAAAGGUCCUAGAUGCGAAUCUAGAUGUGGUCCAGAUGGCCGUCAUCCUGGGGACGCUGUUGGGAACCUUCGAGUUGGAGGAGGGGAAAAUCGUAUGUAAUCCCGUGAGCGUGGAAGCUCUUCCGAAGUUUCUCUCCUAUCGGAUACCUUUCAUAAGAGGUUCGGAUCCACCCUACUCGAAAUAG